ACGGAGAGAUUUCACCGGGGACCGGAAGUUACAUAUUCGUAAAACUUGUGGAGCCGCCGUUGAUAGCAGGUGGCUAACUAACGGAGUGAUGACGGAGUUUGUUUUUUUGUUUUUCUGUGUGUUGAAGUAAAUAACAUGGCGGCUAAACGUAAACCCGAAGCGACGGUUCCGGCGGAGGAGAGCGACCAGCUGCUGAUCCGCCCGCUGGGGGCCGGUCAGGAGGUGGGACGGUCCUGCAUCAUCCUGGAGUUCAAAGGCAGAAAGAUCAUGCUGGACUGUGGGAUCCAUCCUGGUCUGGAGGGGAUGGACGCUCUGCCCUACAUUGACCUGAUCGACCCGGCUGAGAUCGACCUGCUGCUCAUCAGCCACUUCCACCUGGACCACUGCGGCGCUCUGCCCUGGUUCCUGCAAAAGACCAGCUUUAAAGGUCGCACGUUCAUGACACACGCCACCAAAGCCAUCUACCGCUGGUUGCUGUCCGACUACGUCAAAGUCAGUAACAUCUCAGCCGACGACAUGCUGUACACGGAGACCGACCUGGAGGACAGCAUGGAGAAGAUCGAGACCAUCAACUUCCAUGAGGUGAAGGAGGUGGCCGGCAUCAAGUUCUGGUGUUACCACGCCGGCCAUGUCCUCGGAGCCGCCAUGUUCAUGAUCGAGAUCGCCGGCGUCAAGCUGUUGUACACAGGUGAUUUCUCCCGUCAGGAGGACAGACACCUGAUGGCAGCAGAGAUCCCGAGCGUGAAGCCGGACAUCCUAAUCACAGAGUCGACCUACGGCACUCACAUCCACGAGAAGCGUGAGGAGAGGGAGGCUCGUUUCUGCAACACCGUCCACGACAUCGUGAACAGGGAGGGCCGCUGCCUGAUCCCCGUCUUCGCCCUUGGCCGGGCUCAGGAGCUGCUCCUCAUCCUCGACGAGUACUGGCAGAACCACCCGGAGCUCCACGACAUCCCCAUCUACUACGCCUCUUCUCUGGCCAGGAAGUGCAUGGCUGUGUACCAGACCUACAUCAACGCCAUGAACGACAAGAUCCGCAAGGCCAUCAACAUCAACAACCCCUUCGUCUUCAAGCACAUCAGCAACCUCAAGAGCAUGGACCACUUUGAUGAUAUCGGUCCCAGCGUGGUGAUGGCGUCUCCUGGUAUGAUGCAGAGCGGCCUGUCCAGAGAGCUGUUUGAGAGCUGGUGCACCGACCGCAGGAACGGUGUCAUAAUCGCCGGAUACUGCGUGGAGGGGACGCUCGCCAAGCACAUCAUGACAGAGCCCGAUGAGAUCACCACCAUGUCGGGUCAGAAGCUUCCUCUGAAGAUGUCGGUGGACUACAUCUCCUUCUCAGCUCACACAGACUACCAGCAGACCAGCGAGUUCAUCAGAGCCCUCAAACCUCCUCAUGUGAUUCUCGUCCACGGCGAGCAGAACGAGAUGGCGCGUCUGAAGGCGGCGUUGAUCCGCGAGUAUGAGGACAACGACGAGGUCCACAUCGAGGUGCACAACCCAAGGAACACCGAGGCCGUCACACUCAACUUCAGAGGAGAGAAACUAGCCAAGGUGAUGGGCUCCCUUGCCGACAAGAAGUGCAUUCAGGGUCAGCGGGUCUCCGGGAUCCUCGUCAAACGAAACUUCAACUAUCACAUCCUGGCGCCCUCUGACCUCUCCAACUACACUGACCUGUCGAUGGGAAUGGUGACUCAGACGCAGGCCAUCCCGUACACCGGACCCAUCUCACUGCUGGUCAGCCAGCUGAGAAACCUCUCAGGCGAUGUGGAGCAGGUGGAGGGAACCGAGAAAAUCACCGUGAGGAUCUUUAAGAGCAUCACGAUGGUUCAUGAAGCCAGCAUGGUGCUGCUAGAGUGGAUCGCCAAUCCGCUCAACGACAUGUACGCUGACGCCGUCACCACCGUCAUCCUCGAGGUCCAGUCCAACCCCAACGCCCAGAAGUUUGUGGAGGGGAAGAAGGAAAGCUUCGACAUGGACGUGUUUGUGGAAAGGCUUGCACUCAUGCUGCACGACAUGUUUGGGGAUGACUGCGUGAAUUUCAAAGAUGGUAAAAACCUCAGCGUGACCGUGGACGGCGUCACGGCAUCCGUCGACCCAGAGACCAGAUCUGUGUCAUGCGCAGAGGACGAGACUCUGAGGGAGAUGAUCGAAAUUGCUGUCCACCGGCUCUAUGACGCCCUAAGCCCUGCUUUCUGACAGGCUGCAGUGAUGUCACAGGGGAUGUUUUUGUACUGAUUUCCUAUAAAAAUGAAUGUUUCUUUUUUUAUGUGUAAAAUAAACUUCGGUUGAGUUUCUCA